CAGAAUUCGUGCGCUAUAAAAGGCCAAGAGCCAAGAGCAGUUGGCAAUUAGUUACGUUUCAAGCGUUGCAGCAAACACAGAAAAGCUAAACAUGAAGUUCGCCGUUGUCGUAGUCUUGUUCGCUUUGGCCUGGGGUGUCAACUGCUCGAUUGUGCCUUUGCUCAGCGCUGGUCCCGGACCCGCUCUGCUGCUCAGUGCUCCCGCUCCGGCUGGCUCUGUGGCUGUGCAUGCCUCCGCUGUGCCCGCUGCCGUGCCCGUUGCCAUUUCACCAGCUGGCCCCAUUCUGGUGCAAGGUGCCGCUGCCUCGCCAGUUGUUGUCGCUGCUCCCGCUCCAGCUGUGGUAGCCGUCGCUGCUGCGCCCGCUUCGUAUGUGGCCAAGACUCGUGGUGCCGUCCACGUGGCUCCUCUGCCCGGACAUGUGCAGAGCGCCGCCUCCGUCAACCUGGAGCCCGCACCAGGCACCUUGUAAAAAUGUUUCGCAAUAGACCUUCACAUGGAUAACACACUCGCUUAACAGACCUGCCUUUGACCUUGCCAUCGCUCUCCCGUUUUGUGGUUUUCUUAUAAAUGUUCUUUUGUUUAUUUUCGUUUUCCUGAAAGAUUUUCCUACUCCUAUGCGCCUGAUUCGAUUUGGGCGCUCUGCCAUCUAAGUCAUCUAUCUAUAUUAAUAGUCCUACUCUUCUGAUUCUGGUCUUUAUUCUAUGUACAGCUAUAUCUUUAACGAUCUGUUAACCAAAUGAUAUCCGAUCAAGCACCCACUGUUGUCAAAUGGAAAAUUGUUUCAAAAUAAAAAUAUUUGUUUAAAAUCAA